AUGAAGUAAAUGAAGCCCAAGCAGGAUUCAGCAAAGGUGCAAGAAUUGAAGAUAACCUUCUCAUAUUGCAAUACUGCAUAGAAGACAGCUAUACAAACCACAAAGCUCUGAUUGUGACAUCCAUUGACUAUACCAAGGCCUUUGACUCCAUAAAGAGGGAAAAGAUCGUGGAAACCAUGAUGAAAUAUAAGGUGCACCCCACAAUAAUAAACACAAUAGCCAACAUCUAUAAAGAGGAUAACACCCUGAUAAAAUUGACAGAAGACAGACAAACAGAGAUACCAGUCACAAGUGGUAUAAGGCAAGGGUGUACCGGCUCCACCACAUUAUUUAAACUUAUUACUUAUGCCAUUAUGAUGAAACUGGAGGAAGGCAGAGGCUUCAAUAACACCAACAUUCACAUAAAUAGCCUGUUCUUUGCUGAUGAUGGCCUACUACUGUCUCACAGUAUAGACGAGGCACAACACAGCAUUAGACUAUUAACAGAAAUAAGUAGAGAAUGUGGACUGGAGAUAAAUAAAAAUAAGAGCAAGAUCAUCAUCUAUAACUUAGAAAAUAGUCCACAACAGAUAGAAAACAUACAAGUCUGUGAAGAAAUCAAAUAUCUGGGCCUAACUCUACUAAACAACAGAAAUAUCUUUACUAAACAAAAGAAAAUUAUGAUAGAGAAGGCACAAAAGCUGGCCAAUCUUACAUACUCAAUCACAGCGAAAAGCUGUCAUAAAAUCACCGUAGGGAAAGCCUAUUGGAAAAGUGUGUGCCUACCCUCAAUUCUAUAUGGAGCAAAUGUUAUAAAUUUUACUGAAAGAGAUAUCCAACAACUACAGAUCAUUGAAAACAGUGUGUACAGGCAUAUAUUGGGAGCACCAAGAUUCGCCCAAACCUGCACGCUGCGAGGUGAAGUUGGAGCUUCAAGCAUGAAGAAGAGAAUAAUGGAGGGUAAAUUACUAUAUCUGAAAUCUAUCAUAGACGCAUACACCACAACAACACAGGAAAAUCAAACAAGAGAGGAAGAUAACAGAAACAACUUGUUAAAAGAAGUAUAUAAAAUGGCAAAAGGAAAUCAGCAAAAUUGGAUAAAAAACAUCAAUAAGUACUUAGAAUGCUCCAAGCUAACUCUGAGAGAUAUUGGAAAGUUAAAGAAAGAAGAAAUUAAGGAAAAGCUGAGGAGCUGGGACACAGAAGAAUGGAAACAAGAAGUCCAAAGUAAAAGAAGCCUUGAAUUAUAUAAAAUAUACAAGCCUGAAAUAAAAUGUGAAGAACUUAUAUACGACAAUACACCAUCAUCAGUUACACUCUAUAGAGCCAGAACAAAUAACCUAGCACUCAAUGAUAGGAAAAGAUUCUACAAUGAAGACACAACAUGCAUCAUGUGCGGGGCGGAGGAGGAGAACCUCCAGCACUUCCUGUUGUAUUGCCCGGGGUACCAGGGCGUGCGCCGGGCAGUGCAGGCGCCGCCGCUGCCAGCUGCUGCAGGAGAACAUAUCGCGCCGCUUGGAUGCCUCCUCUUUACCGACGCAGAGAAAAAUAAGGACAAUAUACACAGAAUGUGGUUAUUGCGGGAAAAGAGAAGACAACAAAAAGAACAACAAGCUACAAUGAUAGUAACAGCAGUGACAGAAGAAUAAAUCAAGACCGAGAGAACACUAGGAGCUGCCGUUGCAAAGGCAAUAGCUCCACAUCUACAUCUACAUCUACAAGUCCCUUGUGAGGCUGUGACAUCAAGUUCAAGGUCGAGGUCAGCCGCGUGCCCUGAAGUGCCCUGGCUGUGUUUCUCGUGGAGGAGGAGGAGCCCCUCGGCGUGCAGGCCCCCAGGCACAUGACUUUGUGUCCCAAUGUCCACCACUGGUGUUAGUGUUGAAGUGAGGCAUCGAGACAGUUGCUGUGGUCAGUACUUGUUCCGUCCCUGCUGCCGCUGACUUCAGGACUCCUUGGUGCAUCCCUCGCCUUGCCUGCUCAAUUAGUCACUGAGUGUGGCUUUGAAGCAACCUCGCCGCCUUCUCCAGCAUCUCUGAGGUUCCCCAAGGCCAGCCAACUCCUCACAUCCAGAGUAGUGUUGCAGUGGAGGCUGCAAGGCGGGACAGCAGCUGGAGUGGCUGGGAUCAGCAGGAGCAGACUGCUACUGGUGUGAGGUUCAGGAGUGAUAAAAAACACCAACAACAACAACUGCUGGCCUCUUCAUCCACAAAGGGGGAAGUUUGAAUUUCAGAAGUGUGAGAAGAUCUGAGAAUGAGAGCAAGUUUACUGACCAAAGCCAAGAGUGUGAGAAAAGACAUGCAGGGAAAGAUGACCUCAACAAAUACACCCACACACUCUGGUGUAAGACCUCAUGAAAGUUGGGAGUGUGGCAAAAGGUUUAGUAAUAGGAGUAACCCCAAACAUCACACCCUAAAACACACUGGUGCAAGAAACCAUGAGUGUGAAGUUUGUGGGAAAUGUUUCAAUCAGAAGGGUCACCUCAACACACACACCCUUACACACACUGGUGAAAGAAGUCAUGAGUGUGAAGUUUGUGGGAAAUGUUUCAAUCAUAAGGGUACCCUCAACACACACACCCUUACACACACUGGUGCAGGAAACGAUGAGUGUGAAGUUUGUGGGAAAUGUUUCAAUCAGAAGGGUACCCUCAAAUUACACACCCUUACACACACUGGUGAAAGAAAUCAUGAGUGUGAAGUUUGUGGAAAAUGUUUCAGUCGGAAGGAUACUCUCAAAUUACACCUUGUUACACAUACUGGUGAAAGAAAUCAUGAGUGUGAAGUUUGUGGGAAAUGUUUCAGUCAGAAAGGUACCUUCAAAUUACACACUCUUACACACACUGGUGAAAGAAAUCAUGAGUGUGAAGUUUGUGGGAAAUGUUUCAGUCUGAAGGGUACCCUCAAGAAACACACCCUUACACACACUGAUGAAAGAAAUCAUGAGUGUGAAGUUUGUGGGAAAUGUUUCAGUCUGAAGGGUACCCUCAAGAAACACACUCUUACACACACUGGUGAAAGAAAUCAUGAGUGUGAAGUUUGUGGGAAAUGUUUCAGUCGGAAGGAUAACCUCAAAAUACACCUUGUUACACACACUGAUGCAAGAAAUCAUGAGUGUGAAGUUUGUGGGAAAUGUUUCAUUCAGAAGAGUAACCUCAAAUUACACACUCUUACACACACUGGUGAAAGAAAUCAUGAGUGUGAAGUUUGUGGGAAAUGUUUCAGUCAGAAGGGUACCCUCAAAUUACACCUUGUUACACACACUGAUGCAAGAAGUCAUGAGUGUGAAGUUUGUGGGAAAAGGUUCAAACUGAAGAGGAUAUUGGACAGGCACGUCUUCAGACACUCUGGUCAUAAAGGGUUCAAGUGCGAUGUUUGUGGGAAACGUUUCAUGACUAAGGGUGAGAUUGUCAGGCACAUGAAGGUCCACUUCUCCUGAGGUGCUGUGCUGAUUCAGUUCUGCUGUGUGUGUGAGUGCAAGUGUUUGUUGUGGUGGUGUUACAGGGCUGUGUGUAGCACAGAGAACAGAAAAUAUUCAUCUGUUGGAACAAAUGGUGACUGUGACGGCAUGAUCUGUUAUUCACUUUCCACCCCAGGCUUCAUGUGGUUGGUGGGUCCUGUGAAAGGUCUGAUCUUUUUGGUGACUGUGCUGGGCUGGCUGUUGUGGCCUGGGCUUAUUGGUCAAGUGUGUGUGUGUUAAUAGUAAUAAUAUAGUGUAUUUGGUCUUACCAGCCGCUAAGCUAAAAAUGUACACAUUAUAAACACAUUGUAAAGAACAGUAGGUAGGGGUUCAGGGAUCUAACACAUCAGUGGGAGGUUGGAAUGAUAGUGGUGGGAGGGUUGAGUGCAGUGUGGUGGUGCCGGGGAGGGGGAGGACAUCCUCUUCCAGAUGGUGGCAAGGUGUUAGUCCCAGGUCAUCCUUAGGUCAGACGCUGAUGGCGGGAUUCAGGCAGAGUAGUGGGAGUUA